CGUCAUCUUGUUACCCAAACAAGCCGCGAGUCAAUAUCGUAACAGUAAUAAAUACCCAAGCGUGUCUUUAUAUCUUUUUGCUUAGUUCCUUUAACUAUGUCUUCCUUGUUCUUAACUCCAAAUUACCAGUCUUUUCAAUAAUACCGUACUAAUCCAGUGUAUAAUUAGUAUAAGAUUAGGUCAUUACCUACAACUUAAGCAAUCUGUACGGUCACCUCUCCCUCUCUGCCCUCAACCCCCAGCUCAGCUCUCUAAUCUUGCAACAUAAAAUUCAUUCUCUUAUUGCGUAUUGUAAGAGUAUUUCCCCCCUUUCGAAAGUUCUGAUUAAUUGAGCUAUUUUCAGAAAGACGGGUUCUUUAAACUUUAGCUGCCAUUAUUUCAACCCAAUUCUUUUUUUUCUGCAAAUUCUUGGACUUUUCUGUUAAAAGAUUAGUUUUUGAAUCAAACCCAUUUGGGUUUUUGAGUUUCUUUUAUUGGUUAGAUCGCCACCUAUUUGAUUUAUGUUCUGUUCAGGUUUUGUUUAUUUUGAGAUAGACACAAAGUUAAUUUCUUGAACUAACUUGUCUCAAAUGGUUAUUAGAUCUAAGGUUUAGGAGAAAUAGGGUGAGCUGGGAAAUCUAUUUAUUGCUUGUUGGAUAUCUGAUUUUUAGGCUUGAAUUUAUUUUCAUACAUUUUUUUUACCCCCUUUUUCUAUACUCCACAGUCAAGUCGUACAUUGUUGUUUCACUUUUUUUGUCCUUUCAUUUUUAACAUUCCUUUUAUUGGUUGGUUGGUUUUACUUGUAGUGGUCAUUGUGAAUGAGUUUGCUUUGGAUAGUAAAACUUAAAACCAAGAAUUUUACUUUUUAGUCGGUGGAAAUUUGGAAGCUUUUGAGCUUCAGUGCUUUCUAUAGAAUUUGACCUCCAUUUCUACUAAUAGUCCUCAUAUCAUCCUUUUCACUUUGAUGCUAAAGUUCCAUUCUUUUCUUCUUUCUUUCUUCUUCUUUGAGAAGAUCAAAGCGAAAAGCUUAAGUCUUUAGAAUCUUUUUGCUUCCAACUCAUGAAAUUUGGCUUCUUUUUCCCUUGAAAUAUUUGGUGGAAGCAAUUGUUGAGCAUGAGGAAAUAUGCCAAUUCUUAUUCAGGAAGAGUAUUUAAUGAUAAAAAUUUGAAUUCUCACUCGGGAAGGGUAUUUGGCGACAGAUAUUGGAAAAUACCAUUCUUUGUGAGCCUGCUUGUGUCUAUUACUCUGUUCACAGCAACUAUUUUUGGGUUAUAUCCAUCAUCAUAUGGAAGAGAUCAAAUGCAAUUGGAUAUGGUUUCUUCUUUUGCUAGGCCAGCAGAAUCGGAUGGAUAUUUUGUGGAAUCUGAUUUCCAGUCAUUUCAAUCAAAUGGCUUUGCGAAAAGUGAACCACCUAGAUUUGCUUAUCUCAUAUCAGGCACAAAGGGUGACAGUCACAGAAUGAUGAGGACUUUGCAAGCGGUUUAUCACCCAAGGAAUCAGUAUGUUCUACAUAUGGAUCUUGAGGCUCCACCUCGAGAAAGGUUGAACUUAACAAUGUCGGUGAAGAAUGAUCCCAUAUUCCGCAAAGUGGAGAAUGUUCGUGUAAUGGCACAGUCAAAUUUAGUGACGUAUAAGGGCCCUACGAUGAUUGCUUGUACCCUUCAAGCUAUAUCCAUUCUGCUGAAGGAAAGUUCAAAGUGGGACUGGUUUAUCAAUCUCAGUGCUUCAGAUUAUCCGCUUGUGACUCAAGAUGAUUUGCUCCAUGUUUUCUCUAAUUUGUCCAGAAAUCUGAAUUUCAUUGAAAAUAUGCUGCUUCAUGGGUGGAAACUGAACCAGAGAGCUAAACCUAUCAUCAUUGAUCCUGGUCUUUAUUUGUCUAAGAAAUCUGACAUUGCCACAACUUCUCAACGGCGAUCACUACCUACAGCUUUUACACUGUUUACGGGCUCAGCAUGGGUGAUACUGACUCGCUCUUUUGUGGAGUACUGCAUAUGGGGAUGGGAUAACUUUCCGAGAACUCUGCUCAUGUACUAUACAAAUUUUGUUUCUUCACCAGAGGGCUAUUUUCACACGGUAAUUUGCAACUCCGAAGAGUUCCGUAGCACUGCAAUAGGUCAUGAUCUGCAUUACAUUGCUUGGGAUACCCCUCCCAAGCAGCAUCCUAUUUCACUGACAGUGAAGGACUUCAAUAAAAUGGUUAAUAGCAGUGCACCAUUUGCUCGAAAAUUUCGCAAGGAUGAUGCUGUCUUAGACAAGAUUGAUAAAGAGUUGCUUGGUCGUAUAAACCGUUUUGCACCAGGAGCAUGGUGUAAUGGAAGCUCAGCUGACGGAGUUGAUCCCUGCUCAGUGGUAGGAGAUGACUCGGUGUUUAGGCCUGGUCCUGGUGCCGACAGGUUGCAUGAGCUAAUGAACAAACUGCUAUCUGAAGAUUUUCGUAGUAAACAAUGCUCAACUAAGAGUUAAUAUUGCUAACAUUGUUUUCGCCUUGUUCAUGAUGCUUUCUACAUAGCUAAUCAAAGAAAAUGACCGGUGAUUUGGCCAUUGCUGGCUGCAAAUGACUAGGGACCUUCCUCAUAGGUGAGAGUUCAGUUGACCCAAGUGUACAUGGUUGUAUGGAUAGAUCACAGUUUCAAAUGUAAAAUUUUGCUCUUUCCUUUUCUCAGUAA